AUGGACCUUCCUCGCGUCAUCAAGGUGCCGGCUCUACCGACCAACUCACUCGUCCCGACCUUGACAGAUGCAGCCUCGGCACCAUCCUGGCGCGAGAGGCUGGUACAGUGCCUCGUCAUGACCGAGUAUCACAACACUCUCUCCGAACUCACCCAGCCGCCAAACUGGAGGUGGUCCAAGAUCGAUUGCGCCAGCGUCACAUGGGACCAGCAGCAGACCUGGGCCAAGUUAUUGUUACUACCCACGAUCGCCAGACAGCACUGGGGCCGACUCGACAAGGAAGAGACAAUUGCGGCGGGCUGGAACCGGUUGAACAACAAAUUCAAGGCCACCCAAGCUGAGAUCGCUGGCUAUUAUCGGCUUCCGAGCCUGGGGUCGGCGUUCACUGCGGACGAGGCCGAGGAUCAUCUCUGUCUCUUCGAGCAGCGAUUCAUUCUCCUCGCGGCGUGCGGUGUCAAGCUCACCAAUGACAUGAAGGUCGGCAUGUUUGUCGCCUCGCUGCCAAAGGAUUGGGACGUCGGCUUCCUAGGCCAGAAGCGCACGUGGGUCGAGUGCAACAAGCGGUUCAAGUUGAUGACCGAGCCGCACAAACUUGACAAGAAGAGAGCUGGUUUGGUCGAGCGCCGAGAUAACACAAACGAGCGGGGAACAUCACGUCGAGACCGGGAGCAACGAGAGCCCCAACAGUCGUCUGCGCCUCAUCCGCGUCCUUCCAACAACUCGACCAAGCCAAAGGCUGAAGGAUUCAAGGGGGUUGGGCCUGUGGCGUCGUCGUCCAAGUUGGGAAAGGCGCCCAACGGCGGCAGCGGCGCUUUGCGCGAUGUCGAUGGAUCCAGUUCAAACCGUGGAGUGCCAGCAUCUGGACCACAGCCCCUACAGCAUUCGCCGAGCAAACCUACGAGUGGCUCGGCUAAGCCACAGACCGUAACUUCCAAGUUCAGCCAGUCCAACCCUUUCGACAUCCUUGGUGAAGUGGGCGAUGACGCGACUACGGCGCCAGGAAACCCAACGGCACCUGAAGGCCCGUCACCAGCUGGUGGAACGCGGGAGUCGAUAGUGGGGACGAUCGUGGACGCCGGGCACAGGCCACGGGUAUGGUGCAGCCACUGCCAAGUCCCCGGACACCAUGUGUCCAAGUGCCGGCGGAAGGCCAUGGGAGCGCCGAAGCGUCAUCGUCGCAUGGGCGAGGCACGCAAGCCCCCUGUCGCAGAGAAGGAUGGGGACGACGGACCCGAGAUUCUUGUUCAGGGGGAGCAUCUGUCGCUCAUGAACCCGUCUGACUUGGCCGAGGCAUGCGACGGAGAGGAGAAAACGUUCUGGAUACAGGCCAUGGAGCUCGAAGUUGCGCGACUGAGGAAGAACGGCACAAUUCAAGACGCGACUCUCCCGGAUGGGCAAUACUCAUCUCCCACAGACUGGGUCUAUGUUCGCCAGAUCAAGCGAGACUUGGCCAAGUUUCGCUGUCGUGUGAUUGGGCGCAACGAGGAUCGUGUCGACACUGCCGCCAUGGGCAGCAUGCCGGCUCUGCGAGUGAUUCUAGCAUACGGCGCAAGCGUGGGCAUGCGGUUCCGGCAUCUCUCGGUGGACAUGAGCAUCCCACUUCCCGAACCAAUAUACGUGGCUGCGCCGAACCAGGCCACUUGGAAGGUGCACAAGAUGCUGCGUGGCAUGAAGGGCAGCGGCAAGGCCAUCGACCGUGCCAUCCGCGACUGUCUAAUUGCGUGCGAGUUUAAGAAGUGCAAGGAGGGCGGUGUGUUUGUCUUGCCGAGCCCGCAGGGCCGUCCCCGUGCUGUCCUCUUCCAGUACGGUGACGAACUGCUCGUAGGUUCUUGGACAGCGGGACUCAAAGCGGUACUGCCCAUCAUCAAGGCCAAGUUUAAGAACGAAGGUUCGUCUGUGGAUGACCUCGGCGAGCCUGCCCUCUUCUUGGGCCUCGGCAUCGAGUGCUUCCCACACAACUGCGACGUUCUCCUCCAACAGAACCAUUUCAUCGACCAUAUCCUGGACGGCGUUCCCGAGCUGCAGGGUUGGGGUGACCGCACUUCACCUCUGACUCUCGAAACUCUCAACGCGCUAGCAGCUGCCGAGCCUGAAACGACGAACCCCGUGGACCGCAAGUGGUGGCGCAAGGUGCUGGGCCAACUUUCCUGGCUGGCGCGGUGUACGCGCCCUGACAUCGCUUUCGCAGCAGCGUAUCUGUCCCGCUUUUCUUCGUCGACGACGCUCGGCCCGGCCCACCGCACGGCUCUGCUCGACGUAUUGGCAUAUCUGCGAACGAGGAAGGAGUUCGAGCUCAAGCUCGGAGCGGAUGAGGACGCUUCCGAACCGCACGACGCGCGCGCGUACUCCCACGGCUUCGUGACAGCGUCCGUCGACAAGAGCCAUAUCGGCUGGUGCCUGUUGCUGGACGGAAGCACGGUUGACUGGGCAAGCCACAAGAGUAACGUCGCUACAACCGAGCUCGAGGCCGACCUCGUUGCACAGGGCGAGGCUUCGCAUCGUCUCGCAUGGCUCCACGACUUGCUAAGCGAACUCGGGGUCGUGGCGUCCAAGCACGGCUUACUGUUCGGCGACAACUGCGGCGUCGUCGACAACCAGGCUACUCUCGUGGGUGUCCUCCGAGGCAACAAGCACGUCCUCGCCGAGUACCAGUUCAUGCUCGAGCUCGAGAGCCGGGACCGUCUCAGCCUGCAUGGUUCUGGCGAUAGCCAACCCGCCAAGCUCUGCUCCAUGCCCAUAACUGGGUCUGAUUUCAAGCGCUAUUGCCUCAUGUAUGGACUCGAGCGCCAGCUCAGUAUCAGCCAGCUCGAGGUCAUGCAGGGUAAGACUGAGGAGGAAGCCCUUCAGCACCUUUUGUGGGAGGAGGAGGAGGAGGGUGAUGUGGACGUGCUUGCCCGGAACCUCGCCCAAAGCGACAUUACCAGGUCCCGUGCAAGUCCGAAACAAUAG